AUGAUAGUGCAAGUAUCCAACAUGUCCGCCUUGACGUACGAAGAUAAUUCCACUGAUAGUGAGUACACGCCGUAUGAAGAUCGACUUGAGACGUACAUAGUGCCAGUUAUCUUCGCAAUCAUUUUCAUCGUGGGCGUCCUCGGCAACGGAACCCUUGUCAUUGUCUAUAUCAGACACAGGGGCAUGAGGAAUGCCCCAAACACGUACAUAUUUUCCCUGGCAUUGGCUGACUUGCUAGUAAUUCUUAUUUGUGUGCCAUUUGUAUCCAUAAUUUACACACUGGAAUCAUGGCCUUGGGGCGAAGCAAUCUGCAGGAUAUCUGAAGCGGGAAAAGAUAUCAGCAUAGGAGUAUCAGUCUUUACACUAACUGCUUUAUCCGCUGAGCGAUACUGUGCGAUAGUGAAUCCAUUUAGAAAACUUCAACUAAGGAAACUACCAUUCGUAUGUGCAACAUUAAUUUGGGCAGCGGCUCUUAUCUUCGCCACACCAGCCGCCGUAUUCUCGAAUACAGUAACGAUGAAUCUACACAACAACAUGACCAUUGUCUACUGCACUCCCUAUCCUCAGGGUUGGAAGCAUUAUCCUAAAUGGAUGACUCUGGCAAAAGCAAUUAUAUACUACGGUUUACCGCUACUCAUAAUUGCAAUCUUCUACUCCUUAAUGGCUCAACGUUUAUUAGCAAGUACCAGAGAAAUGCCUGGUGCUUUGCAUGGCGGGCAAGGAGAAGCACAAGCUAAGGCAAGAAAGUCUGUUGCUCUAAUGGUAUUAAUCUUUGUUAUAGUAUUCUUUAUAUGUUUCCUGCCAUAUCACGCUUUUGAAUUGUGGUUUCAUUUAUCGCCGACUGCUCAAUCUGACUACAACGAUUGGACGCACGCAUUGAGGAUAAUAGGAUUCUGUUUGAGUUUCCUGAAUUCCUGCGUCAAUCCUGUUGCCUUAUACUGUGUUAGUGGUGUAUUCAGGCAACAUUUUAAUCGAUAUCUAUGCUGUCGCCGAGGUUCAUUACACCCAACAUGCAGUUCUCGUCUGUCAAGGACUGCUAUAUGUGAAACUUCAUUUAGAAGCACUCAUAGACACAGAUGCAACAGGAAUCCAACAGAAAGCGUUGUAAUUUCUAACUAUGAUUACGGUAAUACUAAAAAGAAGAAUAACAUAAUAUCAAGGAACAGUGCUGAUGGCGUUACGAUUAUGACAAUCAGGGACUCCAACGAUUUUCUUACCUGCGAUAUUAAUGAAAAAUGCAUUAACAGAUAG